AUGAUAAGGCUUCACUUCACCUCUGUUGCACACUUCGAACCAAACCUUGCGACUCCAUCACCUCAGCCAACAUCACAUAUCAAACGAGCAUCCAUCAUAACACUUCUGUUCACCUCUUUUGCUCACUUCGAACCAAACCUUGCGACUCGGUCAGCUCAUCGAGCAUCGUAUGGGAAAGCAAGAUUCCUUACCAGACGUCUGUUCAUCUAUCCUGCUCCCUUCGAAGGAAACCUUGCGACUCCAUCAUCUCAUCCAACAUCAAAUGCCAAACGAACAUACCUUACGAAACUCCCGUUCACGUCUUUUGCUCCCUUCGAAGCAAGCAUUGCCACUCCAACACCUCAUCCAACACCACAUGCCAAACGAACAUUCACGAUAAGACUUCUGCUUAACUCUCUUGCUAACUUCGAACUAAACCUCGCGACUCCAUCACCUCAUUCAACAUUGCAUGCCAAGCGAACAUUCGUUAUCAGACUUUUGUUCACCUCUUUUGCUCACUUCAAAGCAAACCUUGCGAGUGCAUCACGUCAUCCAACAUGA